AGCUCUCCUGGGUGGAAGCGCCGGCCUCGGAGUGAUGGUGGCUGCAGUGAGAAUGGGCCAGGCAGGGACCAUGGCGGUGGCGGCAAAGGUGGCAGGGGCGGGGCAGCUGGCAGUAGAGGAGGCUGUGGUCUUCAGGGGGCUGUAGGUGGAGGCAUGGCUCGGGCCAGCAGCGGGAACGGCAGCGAGGAGGCCUGGGGGCCACUUCGGGCGCCACAACAGCAGCUUCGAGAGCUGUGCCCAGGAGUGAACAACCAGCCCUACCUCUGUGAAAGUGGUCACUGCUGCGGGGAGACUGGCUGCUGCACCUACUACUAUGAGCUCUGGUGGUUCUGGCUGCUCUGGACUGUCCUCAUCCUCUUUAGUUGCUGUUGCGCCUUCCGCCACCGGCGAGCUAAACUCCGGCUGCAACAACAGCAGAGGCAGCGUGAGAUCAACUUGUUGGCCUACCAUGGGGCAUGCCAUGGGACUGGCCCUGCCCCAACUGGUUCACUGCUUGACCUUCGCCUUCUCAGCACCUUCAAACCCCCAGCCUAUGAGGAUGUGGUUCAACGCCCAGGCACACCACCACCUCCAUAUACUAUGGCCCCAGGCCACCACUUGACUGCUUCCAGUGAAUGUACCUGUUGUUCCUCUGCAUCCAGCUGCCCUGGCCACUGUGAGGGGACAAAUGUGGAAGGUGUUUCUUCCCACCAGAGUGCCCCCCCUUGUCAAGAGGGUGAGCCCAGGGCAAGGAUGAGCCCAGCCCAUACACCUCCCUCUUGUCGCUAUCGUCGCCUGACUGGUGACUCAGGUAUUGAGCUCUGUCCUUGUCCUGACUCCAGCAAGGGUGAGCCAGUCAAGGAAGUGAGAAUUAGUGCUACCCCACUGGAGCUGGAGGACCACUCCCCUUGUGCACUGCCUCCAGAGCCCAUUCCCCGGGUCUCUCCUGUGGGCCUGGCUUCCAGUGAAGGGGACAUCCCAUAAGUGGUUAUGGGAGGGUGGGUGGGUCACCUGCCCUGGUCCCACCUCAAGCCCCCUUAGCCUCUCCUUACCCUCUAGAAUUUGCCUGCAAGGGCUGGAACCUGGAGGACAGGGGUGGUACUGGGGGACUGUGCUAGCUUUAACGACCCCCAAAACAUACACAAGAGCCUUGAUCUCAUUAAAGAGAUGUGAACCAGC